AUGUCAGACCUGGAAGACGAGGCGAUAUACCAAAAUGGCGGCUCUGACCCCGUCCAACAUGACGAAGACGCCGAAGAAGAGCAGCAAGGCUCAAGUCCGGUCCAAGAGCGCAAGAAGGGGAAGCAGCGGCACCGGGAUGAAGAUGAUGAGGAGGAAGAUGAUGAGGAGGAAGACGAAGAUGAUGAUGAGGAGGACGAAGAUGAGGAAGAAGAGGAUGAGGGUGCUGCUCGUGGCCGGAAACGACAAAAACGCCGUCACAAGCGUUCUGCUGUCAACCGCUUCCUUGAUGUCGAGGCUGAAGUGAACGAAGAGGAUGAGGAGGAUGAGGAAGAUGAAGAAUAUGGGCGCGAUGAUUUUAUUGCUGCUCCUGAUGCUGAAGGCGAAGAUGAUGAUAUGGCUCGUCGCUCAGCGGCUAACCACCGUCUCAACAUCCGCGAGCAGGAGCUGAACGACCAGGACCUAGCUCGCAUCGCCGAGGAGGUCAGCCAGCGUCACAAACGCUCCGCCGUGCGCUAUACCGGCGAUAUGAAUGAGGUGCCGCAACGGCUGCUCAUGCCUUCCGUCAACGACGCGAACUUGUGGCAAGUCCGGUGCAAGCCUGGCAGAGAGCGCGACCUCGUAUUCAGUCUCAUGCGUAAAGCCAUCGACCUCGAGUACACGAACCAUCCACUCCAAAUCCUCUCCGCCUUCCAGCGCGACUCACUUCCUGGUAUGAUCUACGUCGAAGCUCGGAGCCAAAAGCAGGUCGUUGAGGCGUGCAACGGCCUCGUCGGUAUCUACCCCAGCCGUCAGAUCAUGCUCGUUCCGAUCGAAGAAAUGGCGAGUUUAUUGCAAAUCAAAAAGCAAGACCUGACGGUCACGCCCGGUAGCUGGGUGCGCAUCAAGCGCGGGAAGUACGCGGGCGAUUUGGCUCAGGUGAUGGAUAUCACGGAGAAUGGGGAUGAGGUCGGGUUGAAGUUCAUUCCGCGUAUCGAUUUGAACCCGAAGGACGACGUGAUGCUGGGUGGGCAGAAGAGGAAGAAAGGUGCGACCACGAUGGCGACGGGAGUCAGGCCCGCACAGAGGUUCUUCAACUAUGAAGAGGUGGUGAAGGUGUAUGGGAGGAAGCAGAUCUCGAAGAGGAACCAAGUGUAUGUGUUUCAGAUGGACACAUACAAGGACGGGUUCGUCGAGAAGGACUUCAAGUUGAGUGCGUUGCAGCUGGACGACGUGAAUCCGACCCUGGACGAGAUCACGAAGUUCGCGAAGGGACAGGAUGGAGAGGGCGGAGAUCAUCAGGUCGAUUUGUCCAUCAUCGCGGAGGCGUCGAGGAAGGCGGCCAUUGCGGUUUUGCAGCCCGGAGAUCAUGUUGAGGUGUUCGAGGGAGAGCAGUCGGGGGUGCACGGUAUCGUCGACUCGAUUGCGGGAGACGUCGUCACAGUCAGUCCGGUGGGCGUGGAAUUGGAUGGUCAGAAGAUGCAGGUGCCGGCGAGGAGUGUGAGGAAGCGGUUCAAGCCUGGAGACCACGUCAAGGUCAUGACGGGGAAGAAUGCUGAUGAGACGGGUUUGGUGGUUGCGGUGUCCGAGAAUAUCGUGACUUUCUUGUCGGAUAUGUCUAUGCAGGAGGUCUCAGUAUUCUCAAAAGAUCUGCGUGAGGCUGCUGAGGUCGGGUCGGGUACGAACAUCGUGGGGAACUACGAAUUGCACGAUCUGGUACAGCUCGACAUGCAAACCGUUGGUGUCAUCUUCAAGACGGAACGUGACUCCUUCCGAGUCCUGGACCAGAACGGUCAAGUACGUCUCGUACAGCCGCAUCAGAUCUCCAUGCGAAGGGACUCGCACAGAGCCAUCGCCACAGACUCUGAAGGCCACGAACUGCGGAUCAAUGACAACGUCAAGGAGAUCGACGGAGAGGGUCGAAAAGGUCGUGUCCUCCACACCCAUCAAUCCUUCUUCGCAUUCCUCCACAACCGGGACAUCGCCGAGAAUGGCGGCGUUUUCGUUACUCGCGCUCGUUCCCUAGCUUCCGUCGCUCCCAAGGGCAACGUCCUAAAACCGGGUACCGAUCUCUCGAAAAUGAACCCAGCGCUCAACUCUGGUGGAAUGGUCGGUUCGGGCAACAUCGGGCGAGGUCCUCGAGACAGGUUGAUUGGAGUGACGGUCAUUGCCAUAAAGGGACCAUACAAAGGGUAUCAUGGGACGAUCAAAGACACUAAUGGACCGAUUGCGAGGGUUGAGUUGAACGCGGGUAAUAAGGUCAUCACUAUCGACAAGGACAAGCUACGGAGACGAAACCCGAAUGGUUCAGUCGAAGGGCCUCUGGAAAGCUCUGGCCCCCCUUCCGGAUACAAUCCUCGAGUCGGCGGCGGCUUCCCCUCCCAAGGCCGGACUCCCAACCCAUACGCUCAACCUCCAGUCGGCGGGCGCACGCCAGGCUGGGGCGCCCCACCCUCGUCAACUCGUACACCCAAUCCGUACGCUGAACAAGUCGGACGAACGCCAGCGUGGAACUCCUCAUCGCGGACACCGAAUCCAUACGCUACAGGAGACGGUGGAAAGACACCGGCUUGGAACGCGAGUGCGAGGACACCGAAUCCGUAUGCUGCGGCUAAUGAUGGGGGCAGGACACCGGCUUGGAAUGUCGGUUCAAGAACGCCCAAUCCGUAUACGAGUGGGGGU